GAAGUGACGACAGCGGCCGCCGAGGUCACUUCCUGCUGGGGUGGAUGAGGAGGAGCCGGAGACGCCGCGGAGGAGACCGGAGCGAAGACGGGCCGCGCCGGGGAGAGCAGGAGGGUGAAAAUGAAAGCAGGCUGUAGCAUCGUGGAAAAGCCAGAAGGAGGUGGAGGGUAUCAGUUUCCCGACUGGGCCUACAAAACCGAGUCGUCCCCAGGCUCCCGGCAGAUCCAGCUGUGGCACUUCAUCCUGGAGCUGCUGCAGAAGGAAGAGUUCCGCCACGUCAUAGCCUGGCAGCAGGGGGAGUACGGCGAGUUUGUCAUCAAGGACCCGGACGAGGUGGCCCGCCUCUGGGGCCGCAGGAAGUGCAAGCCACAGAUGAAUUACGACAAGCUGAGCCGGGCCCUCAGAUACUAUUAUAACAAGAGGAUCCUUCAUAAAACAAAAGGGAAAAGAUUUACUUAUAAAUUUAACUUCAACAAGCUGGUGAUGCCUAACUACCCAUUCAUCAACAUCCGGUCAAGUGGUGUGGUCCCCCAGAGUGCGCCACCAGUGCCGACGGCCUCUUCCCGGUUCCAUUUCCCCCCUCUGGACACCCAUUCUCCGACGGGCGACGUGCAGCCCGGGCGGUUCUCCGCCGGCUCCCUCGCCGCUUCUGGCCAGGAGUCCGGUAACGGCGCCGAGAGAAAGGCGGAGCUGCCGGAGCUGGACGACGGCUCGGCCGCCGACUGGCGCCGGGGCGUGGACCUCCUGUCCUCGCGGAGUGCCGUCGGUGCGGGAGGGAUCGGCCAUCAGAAACGCAAGCCGGACAUCAUGCUUCCUCUGUUCACCAGGCCCGGGAUGUACCCUGACCCCCACAGCCCCUUCGCCGUCUCUCCGCUCCCUGGCCGUGGAGGCGUUCUCAACGUCCCCAUCUCCCCAGCCCUGUCCCUGACGCCCACCAUCUUCUCCUACAGCCCGUCCCCGGGCCUGAGCCCCUUCGCCGGCAGCGGCUGCUUCUCCUUCAACCCUGAGGAAAUGAAACACUACCUUCAUUCUCAAGCCUGCUCCGUGUUCAACUACCACCUGAGUCCGCGGACAUUCCCCCGUUACCCGGGCCUCGUGGUCCCGCCUCUGCAGUGCCAGAUGCAUCCUGAGGAGUCGGCCCAGUUUUCCAUCAAGCUGCAGCCCCCGCCAGCUGGGCGGAAGAACCGGGAGAGGGUGGAGAGCAGCGAGGAGUCCGCCCCCGUCACUGCUCCCCCGGUGGCGCCUGUCCCCCCGAGAAUUAAGGUGGAGCCGGCCUCCGACAAGGAUCCGGAGAGCCUCGGGCAGUUGGCGCGGGGGGAGGAGCGCUCCCAGGAAGAGGGCCCUGUGCCGGGCAGGACCACGGAGGAGGAGAAGGGCACCCUCUUUGCCCGCCCGGCUGUGCCGGUCUGGCCCUCCGCACCCGUGGGCACCCCGAGCGAAGAGCCCCUAGAGGUGGCUGAAGACAGUGAGGACAGGCCUGGCAGAGAGCCCAAUGCGCCUGAGAAGAAAGAAGACGCCCUGAUGCCCCCCAAGCUCCGGUUGAAGCGGCGUUGGAACGAUGGCCCCGGAGCCCGCCAGCCAAGUAAGAACGGCGCGGCCCUCUGGAGGGGGCCGGGACCCCGGGGCUUGGCCGCGGCCGCCGACGCCUAG